CUGCGUUGCGGGAGCAGGUGCCGGGGCGCGCCUGGACGGGGGCGCGCCUGUCUCCGUGCGUGUGCGCAAGGCGGAGCCCCGCAGCAGGCAGCUCCGCGCCGGCUGGUGCCAUCUGGGAGCCGGGGCGGGGAGCGGAGGAGGGAGCCGAGCAUCCUCAGGGCCGAGGCUCCGGUUGUCUCUCCGGCGAGCGGGAGGCUCUUCGGUGCCGGUACCGGCGAAGUACCUGCGAAUCGACUUCCAUCCUCCUCGCUUUUUUUUUUUUUUUCCUCUCUUUUUUUUUUUUUUUUUGUUUGUGUCUUUUUUUGCCCACUCCCUUUUUUUCGUUGUUGGUUUUUAUUUUUUCUUUUUCUCGAUUUUUUUUUUCUCGACACUUCCCCCCCCCCCCCCGCCCCGAAACCCAGGAGAAGCUUCUGAAGCAGGGCGAGUGCUGAUCUUACGUAAAUGGUGCUGCUCCGGGGAGAGCAGCCACUCUGCCAGUCCCGGGCCGGGGGCGCGCCCCCAGGCACCCCUCGCCCUGCCCCUCGCUGCCGUUGCAGCCCGGCCUGAGAUCCAUACCGGCACCGGAGGGGGCGAGCGGCAGCCGGCAGCCCGCAUCCCCAUCCCCGGCGGGUUUCGUCUCCUCCGCGGACCGGCUGCGGGGAUGCUGCGGCGCGUUGGAGCCCGCGGCGGGGAGGGCUCUAUGUCAGAGAGAUAACGCGGCUCCGCCAACAGCCCGGGGGUAGUCUCGGUGCCAAUCCCCUUCCCCCAGGACCUGGCUGCCUGGCAGCCGCUCGCUUCUCGGCGGCCGGACUGGCAGCGGCGGCGGAGCCGGCGAGCGGCGGGGCGAGGCCCGGCGGGGCGGGGGAGCGGCGGGCGGCCGAGCCGGGGCACCCCGCCUCCGGGGGGCAAGCGCUGGGGCGGCUGAGGAGCGCAGGCGGCAGAGGCAGGCAGCAGGAGGAGGAGGAGGAGGGCAGCGCCAUGACUCACUUGCAGGCAGGUCUCUCCCCGGAGACUCUGGAGAAAGCCCGGCUGGAGCUGAACGAGAACCCAGACACCUUGCACCAGGACAUCCAGGAGGUGCGGGACAUGGUGAUCACUCGGCCGGACAUCGGCUUCCUCCGCACCGACGAUGCCUUCAUCCUGCGGUUCCUGCGGGCCAGGAAGUUUCAGCACUUCGAAGCGUUUCGUCUCCUGGCGCAGUACUUCGAAUAUCGCCAGCAGAACCUGGACAUGUUCAAGAGCUUCAAGGCCACCGACCCGGGCAUCAAGCAGGCGCUGAAGGAUGGCUUCCCCGGCGGGCUGGCCAACCUGGACCACUACGGCAGGAAGAUCCUCGUCCUUUUUGCUGCCAACUGGGACCAGAGCAGGUACACACUGGUGGAUAUUCUGCGUGCCAUACUUCUCUCUUUAGAAGCCAUGAUAGAAGAUCCUGAGCUUCAAGUGAAUGGAUUUGUUUUGAUUAUAGACUGGAGCAACUUCACCUUCAAGCAGGCCUCCAAGCUCACACCAAGCAUGCUUAGGUUAGCCAUAGAGGGCCUUCAGGACAGUUUCCCAGCCCGGUUUGGAGGAAUACAUUUCGUCAAUCAGCCGUGGUAUAUCCAUGCCCUCUACACAGUUAUAAGGCCCUUUCUAAAGGAGAAGACACGAAAAAGGAUAUUCCUGCACGGUAAUAACCUCAACAGCCUGCAUCAGCUAAUACACCCUGAGAUCCUGCCUUCAGAGUUUGGAGGAAUGUUGCCCCCCUAUGACAUGGGGACGUGGGCAAGAACACUGCUUGACCAUGAGUAUGAUGAUGACAGUGAAUGCAAUGUGGACUCCUACAACACUUCAGCAAAGGAUAUAGAAAAGGAUCUCUCUCCUAAAUCCAUGAAAAGGUCUCAGUCGGUUGUGGAUCCUGGGGUGCUGAAACGCAUGGAUAAGAAUGAGGAAGAGAACAUGCAGCCUUUGCUUUCACUUGACUAACAGGUCCUGAGCACUGGACAUGAACUGAGGUGGAAGGCACUGCCUCUCAGCAUCAAGCAGACUAUUGGCAAAGAGUGUGCCAGCUGGAAUCCUAUUUACUCAUGUCAAUGUAGCAUAAUGGCAGCAGGCUUCACUAUUCCACCAGAAUGCUGGAUGCCCUUGGGUGAAAAAGAAGAAGAGAGAGAAAAAUAAAAGAGGAAAAUAAAAAUGAAGUUAAAAAAAAAAAAAACCUAAAGAGGAAUCAAUAAUUUAUUCUGUAAGUGCCAACUUGUUUGUAAAUACAAUAUAAUCCUCCAGUUUGACUUUGUAAGUUAUGGGAAACAGAUGCUAUGGAAAUCAGAGACUGUUCAAUAUGUCAGUGAAAUGCACCAUAAAAGAGAGAAGAAAAUGUGUGCACACUCUCACACACAGAGGCAGACACUGGACAGAGGAAAAUAUCAAAGCCAAUGAAAACAUUGUCCUUCUCCUAGGAAGCCAUAUUGCAGCUAGCAUGCUGACUGCUGGUUUGUUUUCUCUCUGCAGUACUCAUGCAGUGUGGAAGGAUAAAGAAGGAACCUAAGGUCAUGGAGAUCCUGUCAUUGGUUGAAUGUUUCCUAACUGGGAAUUAGGAUUGUGAUUUGGCAUAAACCAUCAUGUGUGAUGAAAGAUCUCAGAUGAACUGGAACCAACUCUUUGGCAGCUUUGUUGUUUGGCUGUGUGGAUCUGUGAGGUUUCUUCCUUAACUUUUCAUUUGCAGUUUGCAAGUAACCUGGCUUGUUACCCUGAUCUGGGUGUUGCAAUGUGGAACACAUUGGAGUUCCUUCUCUUGCAGUUUGGGUGCAUGUCAAGAAUUGUUUUGAGAACUCUGUUCUCCCUUGGAAUGGGAAAACAGCCCUCUAAACACAGCAUAAUAACUGGAUUUUGAAGGUAAAUCCUGGCAGCAGAGGUUAAAAGUUAAUUGCUGAAUCCUGUGCACUGGGAGUCUGGAUACAUAUAUAUAUUUUUACCAAUUUCUGACUAGCACACAAGGUGACAUUGUCAGACCAAUGUAUUUAAUUGAAGGUUUAUACAAGAAAUCACACCUAUUCAGUGUACUUAGCUAUAUUAUAGAUUGUAUAUUGAGACAAUAUCAUUAUUAGUAUAGUCAAACUUUCCAUAGAACAGCAGCAUCCCAAUCCAAGCAAGGAUUAAUAUUAAUCAGUUGUAGCCAAACAUCUCAGCCUAUGUGUUUAGGACACUUUUGUUUUGGUUGUAGUGUAACUGUAUGUAUUGACUAUGUGCCAUAAUAGAGAAACACAUUUUACCUCAAAGGGAUAACAGGUUUUGCUAGGGAUUGGGUAAAUCAGCUGAAACCUAGGGGCUGUGUCAUCUUUGUGUGCUGACUGAUUUGUGUGCAGCCUGUGGUAUGCUGGGUCAAUAAUGUCAUUUCUUUUAGGACUUAAGUCUGCAAUCAGAGUGAGAAGACACAGUGUGCCCACCAAGAUAUCGGGCUAGUUACAGAUAUUGUAAGAGCAUGUCUGGGUAAUGCAGGUAUUAGGUGAGAAUAUACUGACCACAGGGGAGGAGAUGGCUCACAGCAACUCCACCUCCCAAGCACCAGAGUUUAAAGAAUUUCUUCCAGCACUUCAAUGAUCACUGAAGUUUCAAAGUCAUCACCGUGUAGAUCAGCUCUCCUCCUUGUAAACUGCAUGAUUGAGCUAAAGGAGAGCAGAGAGUGAAAUCUUGGAAGCAUGUCAUCUCAGAGUUUAGCUGUGACUUGUCUGGUGGGAGCUUUGGCAUUUCUCAGGGCUGAGACAACCCUGUCUCUUCCAGCAUCACCCUUGAUUAGCCCAGGCAGCACACAGAUAAAGCUCUCCUGCUUCUCAGUUCCUUAGCGAUGCAGAUAAAUGGUGUGUACCCCAACGUGCCACCACAUUGCAGGAACUUGUCUGAACAAGCUUUCUGCUCUCCUGUUUUCAUGAUAUGUGUUGUGAAAUACACAGAAAAGACACAGAGCCUGACACCUUUUCAGUCUGUCCUACGAGUUUUCAGUAGUAGAAACUGUUAGGAUCCUACUUCUCUGAUUUGAGAGCCUUGAAGGACUGAUGAAUUCUUAGACAGGCUUUUACUCACUUCUGCUUUCCACCUCCCUUGUAACAUCACGCUGGAUAGGUGAGGUGUGUCUCUAGAGUUUGCAUACGUGCCAUACCUGAAUGUAUCUUACAUAUGCCCACACUUAGGCUUAGUGGAAUAGCAGAUUGCUGUCAGUCUGAUUUUUAUACCCUUGUCAGAUAAAACUAACAUCAGUAACAAUUGUCUCCUUGCAAGGGCUUUGGAAUUCACUCAGUAUUUCGUAUGUAUGCAAACACAGUGGUGAUCAAAACCUUCAUGGCUGCUUGCCUGGGCCAAACCCUGCUGUAAACCAGCACAAUGCUGAUUUUGGAGUAUAUCAGCUGUCUGGUCAGAAAAUGCAACUGCCUCUGACAUUGCCACAGGACAUCUUUGUAAGACAAUGUAUCUGCUUAACGUUUGGUUUGAAGCUGAUAAGUUUGUUUCGUUUGUAGAUCCUUUGUUUGUGUAAUUUAUGCAAUGUCUUCUGAUGCCUGAUUUCAGCUUCAUGUUAAGGACUAUUAAUGUAUUCUUUCCAGAGAGUGAAAGUAGGAUACAUUAUAAUUUUAUGUAACUGGGACCUCAUCUUUCACCAAGAACAAAACUAGUUUCUCAUUAAGAUCCUCACUAUUAAAGAGUUGGGCAGAAGGUCUUGGCUGCAGUGCUUAUUGAGCUGAAGGAAAUUCUGGCAGUGGUAGCUGCAGUUGUGACAUUGGAUAAGACUAGGAAAAUGAGUAAGAAAAGUAAUUAUCCUUGACAUGCUCUCAGUAUUCUUUGAAAGCAUUUCUCUUUUACACAUCAGGUCACAUAAAGGGUUCCCACCUUUCUCUUGUCUCUUGUAGGAACUCUUUAUAGGUAGGUCGAUUUUUAAUAGAUUACAUUUGAACUGAAUACUUUUUCCAAUCUUUAUUAUCCUGAGAACUGAUGCCUAAUUUUUAUAGCAGAACUGAAGUGCUAAAAAUAAAUUUCCAAUGCUUGGGAGGAAUUCCUCUGAAUUUCUUACCUUUGUUUUAUACUGGGUAGCAUAAACCUUGUUGUAAUUAUGCAUGCUGAUAUGCAUAUUAAACACAAUUAUCCUGCAAUGUGAGGAACUUAGUGGAAAAAAAACUGAAUGCACCUGUCCAAGUAACUAAGUGAAGAAAAAGAAGAAGAUUGAGAAGAAGACAUUUGGCAAUAUCUAAAAAUAUCCCCUUCUGUGAUGUCUCUUCCACAAAGCAAAUGUUUAAAGAUGUAUGGAAAAGUUAUGGAAACUUCUGUGCCCAAAGCCUUUCUCCUGUAGUCAGAGGUGUCAGUAGUCUCUUGGCUUUGUAAAGACAGGUCCCACUAAGCUCCAACAAACACACAGGCUCCUAAUAGUUGUUAGUUGUAAAAUAGCUUUAAGAUGUCUUUACAGAACUGUACAUUUACUGUAUAGCAUAUCUUAAAAGAUGUUUUUGCACUCUGCAAAUGUGCUGUGCCUAGUUGCAGAAGGUCUUUGUAGAGACAGAAAUAAACUUAAAAUGGAAUUCCAGAAAUCAGGAGGACAAUGGACCCUGCUACAUGGCAAAGCAGAUUUGCUUUAAUGUCUCUUAAAGAACUGUGUUAGCUCAGAACCUUGCAUGGAAUGCUCUUUAUAUUCCUGAAUCACAGUCACAGCAAAGCCUAAGCACAUUGCCCAACAAAAUUGUAACCUGGCAAUAUUUUGUCCCUGCCUUUUCUUAUUUACCUGUUCUGUUUGGGAAAUUAAAAUGUUUGCCACGUGUCACAACAGCUACUGUUUGGAAGGACCUGGGAAACACUUUGCAAUAAGCUUUGGUCAUGUCCCUGUCAUGAUGUUGUUUCUGUUAUUAUCAAUGUAUUUAUUCAUCAAGAGUUUUGAAAGAGGCAAGUUUGAAAGAGCCUGGAAGAGAGAAAAAAGUCAGGCCUCAGGGUUUUGUUUAGAAUGUUAAAAUAGGAUUGGGGGGUAAAGGGGGUGCUGAGUUUGAGUUUGAUAAUCUUUAUUUGCCUCUAGGGCAUGUUCAGCACUGGGUACCAGGACAAAUUUGGAAGAUGAAUACAAAUGUGAAAGGCAAGAGCAAAGAUCUCAGAGAAUUAUGCUGCUAGCUGCUAGCUGCAUCAUGUCCUUCUAAGGACAGGAAUCUUGCAAGUAGCUUGUGAACAUGUAGUACUUCAGUCCAUGAAAUUUGGAGCAGACUGGAAAAUCAGGAAAGCAAGUUUAUCUCGCUCCUCAGGUAGCAAACCAGAAACACAGUCAGUCAGAGACAUCAAAAUCUCAGUGGAAGAUGUUCACAUUGUGUUUAUUCAUGGCAAAAAAUGGAAUAUGUGGAAUACCAUGCCUUGCCUGGCUGAAGAAGUCAUGCAGGAAGAAGAGAACAGGAGUUGCAGACCUGUAAGGAGAGCUGACCUGUGGAGAAAACAGCACCAGGGAGUCAGAGUGACAUGACUUUAGUGCAAUGGUAAGAGAGGCUUUCACUUGCUCUGUAAUUAAGAGAGAAUUUAAAACCUCACCACACAUCUGCUGUCAGAAAUGAGAGAGAACAUCUUUCUGUCUUUCUAACACAAAUUUGAUUUUGAUGUAUUUAAACCUGAUGUGUGCACCAACUUCUGCUGCUGCUGCUGUUUCCACGGUGGCUUUUAGGCUGUGGGUAUCACAUGGCAUGGUAAAAAGUCACCUGUAAAGCCAGUGCUCACCAUCCUGUCCAUAGGAAGGGAAAGGAGGAAUGUAUUCUGCAAAGCUCUGCUGCUGAGUCAGAAGAAAGCCUGCCCUGCCCUGCCCUGCCGUCAAUAUCAGUGCUUACUCUGUGUAGAAGGCUGUGAGUAAGCAGUGUGGGAAUCCCCUCUGUGCACCUCAAUGUCUUGUGCUAAUGAUGCAACCUUCGAGCUGUGUGCGACUGGUGAUCUAUGUCCUGUGUCUUUAAACAGUGCUGCUGGUGAUGUUAAUUGUAGCCACUAGUCACCCAGAGUUGAGAUGAUUUAAAGGAAACAGACAACUUCAAGCAUGACAACUUAACAUCUAAAAAUAUUAAAUUGGUGACUGUUACAAUUAAUGCUUAAGAUUAUGAUAACUUAAAAGAGUUUCAGGGUUUGGUUGCAUUGUAUCCUUGAUGAGACUUGAUGUCUAAACACUUUCCUUUAAAUAUGGUUUAAGAUUAUGACAACUUAAAAGAGUUUCAGGGUUUGGUUGCAUUGUAGCCUUGAUGGGACUUGGUGCCUAAACAAUUUCCUUUAAACAUGGUUUAAGAUUAUGAUAACUUAAAAGAGUUUUAGGGUUUGCUUGCAUUGUAUCCUUGAUGGGACUUGGUGUCUAAACACUUUCCUUUAAAUAUGGUUUAAGAUUAUGACAACUUCAAAGAGUUUCAAGGUUUGGUUGCAUUGUAGCCUUGAUGGGACUUGGUGUCUAAACACUUUCCUCUAAAUAUGAUUUAAGAUUAUGAUAACUUAAAAGAGUUUCAGGGUUUGGUGCUCUGUGGUAAAGGGUUGGACUUGAUGAUCUGUGAGGUCUCUUCCAACCCUGAUGAUAUUGUGAUACUGUGAUACUGUAUCCUUGAUGGGACUUGGUGUCUAAACACUUUCCUUUGAAUAUGGCUUAAGAUUAUGACAACUUCAAAGAGUUUCAGGGUUUGGUUGCAUUGUAUCCUUGAUGGGACUUGGUGUCUAAACACUUUCCUUUAAAUAUGGGGUUUUUUUUUCCUGAGGGUUGUUUGCAUGUUUCAUGCAUCAGAGAGAGAAGGAAUUAAAUCAUAGAAAAUGUGAUUCUAAACCUGUGAGUAUGUUCAGAGGGGCACAUAUGAAUACCUGACACUAAAAAAAAUAAGCCACUGUUUUGCAGUUUUCUUUGUCUUGACAACAAUGUCACUUUAAGUCACUUGGGUCUCUAGCUGCCUAUGGACUGUUGUGUGAAAUGUGUCCUACAAAACUUCCUCAACUUUUCUUCUCCUACCCCCUUCUGUAUAUACUUUAUUCUAUGAAUAAGUGGAGAAAGCUGUAAGCAGCCUCAACACCCUGAUAAUCUGAAGACUAGAGCUUGAAGAUCACUGUUUUAAAUAUUUCCCUUGUACAAAUCUCUGGGAACAGGAUGAAAUGGAAAAUGAGAGGAAGAGCUGAGCUCAUUGUAGAGGAACACAAGAAAGGCUCUGGUCAGGAGUUUGCAGAGGUGUAGCUAGACAGUCAUCAGAGACAGCUCUGAUGUGACACCUUACCUUCUCCUGCCUGUUAGUUACCACUCUUCAGGUAGGGACUUCUGCCUCAACACUUAAGCAACAGCAGAUGGUGGAAGUAUUCCUGUCUCAGUGAAGACUUGGGCCAAACACUAACUCUGUUGAUUCUGUGCUCAUGCAAACGUAAAGGCACUCAUGCAAUCUAUUAACACAACUCUGUAAUGAGGAUAAUGAUUAACUCAUGGCAACACCUAAAAUGGCUCGAUUGGCAAGCUGUGCCUUAAGGCUCUCACCAUCUGUAGUACUUGCAUAGCAGUAACCACCAAAUGAUAUUUUUUUUCCACAUGCAACUCUCUGCUGUUGGAGCCUUAAGGAAAAUACUGCAGCACCGUGUCAAAAACCCAAACAUGCAAUUCCAGGAGCAAUUUGCAGACAGUGCUUGUAUCCUCAGGAUUAAAGUUGUUUGUUUGUUUCUCAGUUUAGUACUGUUAGGACUCAGGGGAGGUCUGAGAUUUGUAAAGCCAGGACAACUCUACCCAUCACGUUCUCACUGUGUAUAGUUUCAAGAACUACUCUCUUCACAACUUCUUGUGAGUUUGCAGUUUAGUCUUGGACCUAGUAAGAUGCUUACUUUUGGUCUGUUGUAUUCCAACCUAAAAAACCUGAAGAUGAAACAGCUUUGUGAAACAUGUCACUCUUUAUAUUGUAUAUUUCAGUAUCAUCAGUUCUCUGUGCUCAAUGGGCUGGUUUUGGAGAGUACUAUACUUUAAGUCAUUGUUGGUUACUGAGGAAGAAUGACCUUCUGUUAAAUAAACUAUGACCAAAUGGAAAUUAAAGUACAUAUA